UGUCUCGCGAGACGCUCGUUGCUAGGCAACCACACGCCGGCGCUGUUUAGUAGUGUAACCUGAAGCCUACAUACAAUGGCGGAUAGCCGGAGACCCGCGGCCGUGACCAACAAGGCAAAGAAAAGUAAGGUUGCCGGACCUACUGCUCCUGGACCUAUUAAAAAGACUACCAAGGAUAAUCUAUUAGAAAAAGAAGAGGAAUACAAGCGAUUAAAUGCUGAACUGGAAGCAAAAACAGCUGAGCUUGUACGCAAAGCUGAAGAAGUGAUGAAAGAUCAGCAACAACUGCUAUCACGACUAACUCUGACACAGGUUAAACUGUUUGAUGAAGAUGAGGAUGAUAGUUUGAGAAAGCUGCUCUCCCCAGAAGUGCCAACUUUAACAUUCCCAUAUGCAAAGAAUGAUGCUAAUGCAGGUACAAAACCCUCCACUCGGAACAGGUCUCUUUCUGCAACGAAUGGAAAAAAGCAAAUUCCUCGGCCCCGGCCGAGAACCGCAGACACACGAGCUGCCACGGACGUCGCAAUUCCAACAGAUAUUGCUGAUUUCUCACUUGCAAAAACCAUUAGUAAGAUUGAAUGCAAACUGGAGGAGGGGGAGCUGCCAGAAAGCACUGAGGAUGAUGUCAUUCCCGGACUAAGCAAUGAAAUUGGUGCAGAGGCGCAGAUCAGAUUUCUGAAAGCAAAGCUACGAGUCAUGCAGGAGGAGCUGGAUAAUAUAACCCAUGAAUGUAAUACAAAGGAUGAUGAGAGCCGCAGUCUUAAAACUCGUGUAAAAGAUCUGGAGGAGGAGCGUGGCCGACUACAGAAGACGGUGAACAUACAGCAAACUCAGGCUGAGAAAUAUAAAGCGUUUUCUGAAGAAGCUAAUAAGAAGAAUGAUGGGUUACAACAUCAGCUUUCUUCAUUAGAGAAGGAAGUGGAAAAUUUUAAAAGAAUACAGAAACAAUCUGCAAGCAGUCAGAGUGCCACUGAGGUUCGCCUGAACAGAGCCCUGGAAGAAGCAGAUAAAUAUAAAAUGGAACUCAACAAAUUUAAACAAAGUAACAAGGAUAAUUCUAGCCAAGAGAGGAAAAAGAUUGAAGAAUUAAAACUUGAAAAUAAGAAGCUGGAAAAGCAGAAGACUGAGCUGAUGGCUGGAUUUAAAAAGCAACUUAAACUUAUAGACAUUUUAAAGAGACAAAAGAUGCACAUUGAAUCUGCGAAGAUGCUUUCUUUCACCGAAGAAGAGUUUAUGAAAGCCCUAGAAUGGGGUGGCUCUUAAACCUGCUUUGCUGGUUUUGACUUAUAAUGAUACACGUGAUGUACAAAUGUAUAUUUUCCUAUGGCAGAGAUUUUUAUAUGGUUAGCUGCAAUACUAAAAUAUACUACAGGUUGAGUAUCCCUUAUCCAAAAUGCGUGGGACCAGAAGUAUUUUGGAUAUUGGAUUUUUCCGUAUUUUGGAAUAAUUGCAUACCAUAAUGAGAUAUCAUGGUGAUGGGACCCAAGUCUAAUCACAGAAUGUAUUUAUGCAUCAUAUACACCUUAUACACACAGCCUGUAGGUCAUUUAAUAGAAUAUUUUUAAUAACUUUGUGUGUACAUACACACAUUUCAGUUAUGUUUCAUAUACACCUUCUACACACAACACACAUUUCAGUUAUGUUUCAUAUACACCUUCUACACACAGCCUGAAGGUCAUUUAAUACACUAUUUUAAUAACUGUGUAUUAAACAAAGUUUGUGUACAUUGAGCCAUCAGAAAACAAAGGUUCCGUAUUUUGGAAUAUUUGGAUAUGGGAUACUCAACCUGUACAAGUGUGUGUGUGUGUGUAUAUAUAUAUAUAUAUAUAUAUAUAUAUAUAUAGCAAGAGAAGUGUACAGGUGCGCUGGUUGAACUUAAUUAAUGGUUUGCAGUUCACAGGUAAUUCCACCCCUUGGCUGUUACACUGGUGAACCAACACCGCUGCAAUUCUCCAAAAAGCUCAGGACCCCUUGAGCAGAUUUCUGGAAAAAAGGAAUUCAGGAGAAUGCGCCCAUAGUGUAAAUCAAAUUUAUUUUUUUAAAACAUUUCAUUAAAAACGAAUCACAGGUAUAGAUGUGCUAAUACCUUCUUUGACCCACUCUUUGGGCCAGUUUGUGCGCAUGAACAAAAAUCCACAAGGCUAUUACACCAACCACUGUGUCCAGAAGCCGGGACCGUGCACCGCGCUGCUGUCAGAAGCCCGUCCGGCCACCCGCAGCGGUUGGGGCGGAGCUUGCCAGACGUCUGCUUCACUCGGUGUCUGCUUCACUCGGUGUAUGCAUCUAGAUGUGCUAAUACCAAAGAAGGUAUUAGCACAUCUAUACCUGUGAUUCGUUUUUAAUGAAAUGUUUUAAAAAAUA